CAGGCUUUCCUUCCUGCCGUGGUUCCCAACUUUGCUCAAAGUCGCCAGACUCCCAGCCCAGUGGAGGGACCGCCGGACCUGACCGAGUGGACACUCAGCCGCGGACCCUCACGGGCAGGGAUGGAGUGGGCCGCAGGGAACCGAGGCGGGGACCCGCGGGGACAGCCGGGGCCCUGGGAGCUCGGCGUGGGCCUGCUGCUGGGCGUGCUGGCCACCUCCCUGGCCCAGGCCCCAGUCCCAGACGUGCCGGGCUGCUCUCGGGGCAGCUGCUACCCUGCCACGGGGGACCUGCUGGUGGGCCGCGCGGACCGGCUGACGGCCUCCUCCACCUGCGGCUUGCACGGCCCCCAGCCCUACUGCAUCGUCAGUCACCUGCAGGACGAGAAGAAGUGCUUCCUGUGCGACUCCCGGCGGCCCUACUCCGCCAGAGACAACCCGGACAGCCACCGCAUCCAGAACGUGGUGACCAGCUUCGCCCCGCAGCGGCGGGCCGCCUGGUGGCAGUCAGAGAACGGUGUCCCUGCGGUCACCAUCCAACUGGACUUGGAGGCUGAGUUCCAUUUCACACACCUCAUCAUGACCUUCAAGACAUUCCGCCCGGCCGCCAUGCUGGUGGAGCGCUCAGCAGACUUCGGACGCACCUGGCACGUGUACCGGUAUUUCUCCUAUGACUGUGCAGCCGACUUCCCGGGCGUCCCGCUGGCCCCCCCACGGCACUGGGAUGACGUCGUCUGUGAGUCACGCUACGCGGAGAUCGAGCCAUCCACUGAAGGCGAGGUCAUCUACCGAGUGCUGGACCCCGCCAUCCCCAUCCCAGACCCCUACAGCCCGCGGAUCCAGAACCUGCUGAAGAUCACCAACCUGCGGGUGAACCUGACACGGCUGCACACGCUGGGCGACAACCUGCUGGAUCCGCGGCGCGAGAUCCGGGAGAAGUACUACUACGCCCUCUACGAGCUGGUUGUGCGUGGCAACUGCUUCUGCUACGGACACGCCUCGCAGUGUGCGCCCGCCCCAGGGGCACAGGCCCACACGGAGGGCAUGGUCCAUGGCGCCUGCACCUGCAAACACAAUACGCGUGGCCUCAACUGUGAGCAGUGCCAGGAUUUCUAUCACGACCUGCCCUGGCGUCCAGCCGAGGAUGGCCACAGUCAUGCCUGCAAGAAGUGCGAGUGCCAUGGGCACACCCGCAGCUGCCACUUUGACAUGGCCGUGUACCUGGCAUCUGGCAACGUGAGUGGAGGCGUGUGCGACGGAUGUCAGCACAACACCGCUGGGCACCACUGUGAGCUCUGCCGGCCCUUCUUCUACCGGGACCCCGCCAAGGACCUGCGGGACCCGGCUGCCUGCCGCCCCUGUGAUUGUGACCCCAUGGGCUCCCGAGACGGCGGUCGCUGUGAUCCCCACGACGACCCUGCUCUCGGGCUGGUCUCAGGCCAGUGUCGCUGCAAAGACCACGUGGUGGGCCCCCGCUGCCAGCAGUGCCGUGACGGCUACUUUGGGCUCAGUGCCAGCGACCCCAUGGGCUGCCAGCGGUGUCAGUGCGAUGCCCGGGGCACGGUGCCUGGGGCCACCCCGUGUGACCCCAAGAGUGGAACCUGUUUCUGCAAGCGCCUGGUGACCGGACACAGCUGCACCCGCUGCCUGCCUGGCCACUGGGGCCUGAGCCACGACAUGCUCGGCUGCCGUCCCUGUGACUGCGACGUGGGCGGUGCCGUGGAUCCUCAGUGCAACGAGGCCACGGGCCAGUGCCGCUGCCGCCCCCACAUGGUGGGGCGCCGCUGUGACCAGGUGCAAUCUGGCUACUUCCGGCCCUUCCUGGACCACAUGACGCUGGAGGCCGAGGAGGCGCGAGGCCAGCAGGUGGCUGUGGUGGAGCACCUGGCCGUCCCCGGGGGAGCCCCGUCCUGGACAGGCCUGGGCGUCGCCAGGCUGCAGGCAGGCCAGGCGCUGGACUUCCUCGUGACCUCCGUGCCCAGAGCCAUGGACUACGACCUGCUGCUGCGCCUGGAGCCCCAGGUCCCCGAGCAGUGGGCGGAGCUCGAGGUGGCCGUGCAGCGCCCGGGGCCCGUGUCUGCUCACAGCCCCUGUGGGCAUGUGUUGCCCAAGGAUGACCUCAUCUCAGGGACGCUGCAACCGGACGCCAGGUCCGUGGUGCUGCCCAGGCCUGUCUGCCUGGAGCCUGGCGUCUCGUACAAGCUGCAGCUGAAGCUGCUGAGAACAGGGGGGCGUGCCCAGCCCGAGCCCCCCAGCCUGCUCAUUGACUCGCUGGUGCUGCUGCCCCGGGUCCUGGUGCUGGAGAUGUUCAGUGGGGGAGACGCGGCCGCCCUGGAGCGCCGGGCCACCUUCGAGCGCUACCGCUGCCAUGAGGAGGGCCUGGCGCCCAGCAAGUCCCCUCCCUCAGAGGCCUGCGCCCCGCUCCUGCUCAGCCUGUCUGCCCUGCUCUACAACGGCGCCCUGCCCUGCCAGUGCGACCCCCAGGGCUCGCUGAGUUCUGAGUGCAACCCCCACGGGGGCCAGUGCCGGUGCAAGCCGGGUGUGGUGGGCCGCCGCUGCGACCGCUGCGCCCCUGGCUACUACGGCUUUGGCCCCGCCGGCUGUCAAGCCUGCCAGUGCAGCCCGGAGGGGUCGCUCAGCGGCCUGUGUGAAGGCGCCAGCGGGCAGUGCCCCUGUCGAGCCGGGGCCUUCGGGCUUCGCUGCGACCGCUGCCAGCACGGCCAGUGGGGGUUCCCUAGCUGCCGGCCGUGCGUGUGCAACGGGCACGCAGACGAGUGCGACACCCACACGGGCGCGUGCCUGGGCUGCCGGGACCACACGGGGGGUGACCACUGUGAAAGGUGCAUCGCGGGCUUCCACGGGGACCCUCGGCUGCCACACGGGGGCCAGUGCCGGCCCUGCCCCUGCCCCGAAGCCCCUGGGAGCCAGCGGCACUUCGCGACUUCUUGCCAUCGGGACGGGCACUCCCAGCAGAUCGUGUGCCACUGCAGGGCGGGCUACGCGGGGCUGCGGUGCGAGGCUUGUGCCCCUGGGCACUUUGGGGACCCAUCCAGGCCUGGUGGCAGGUGCCAGCCAUGUGAGUGCAGCGGGAACAUUGACCCCACGGACCCUGACGCCUGUGACCCCCACACGGGGCAGUGCCUGCGCUGCUUACACCACACGGAGGGCCCACGCUGUGCCCACUGCCAGCCUGGCUUCCAUGGGCAGGCUGCCCAGCAGAGCUGUCGCCGCUGCAUCUGCAACCCACUGGGCACAGAUCCCCAGCAGUGUCCGUCCACGGACCGGUGCCACUGUGACCCAAGCAGUGGGCAGUGCCCAUGCCUCCCCAAUGUCCAGGGCGCGAGCUGUGACCGCUGUGCCCCCAACUUCUGGAAUCUGACCAGUGGCCGUGGCUGCCAGCCCUGUGCCUGCCACCCCAGUCGAGCCACAGGCCCCACCUGCAAUGAGUUCACAGGGCAGUGCCACUGCCGAGCCGGCUUCGGGGGGCGGACCUGUUCUGAGUGCCAGGAGCUUCACUGGGGAGACCCCGGGUUGCAGUGCCGCGCCUGCGAUUGCGACCCUCGUGGGAUCGACACGCCUCAGUGUCAUCGCGCCACAGGCCACUGCAGCUGCCGCCCGGGGGUGUCUGGCGUGCGCUGUGACCAGUGUGCCCGGGGCUUCUCGGGGGUCUUUCCUGCCUGCCACCCCUGCCACGCAUGCUUUGGGGACUGGGACCGCGUGGUGCAGGACCUGGUUGCCCGUACCCGGCGCCUGGAGCAGAGGGCGAAGGAGCUGCAGCAGACGGGUGUGCUGGGCGCCUUUGAGGGCAGCUUCCGGCACAUACAGGAGAAGCUGGCCACCGUGCAGGGCAUCGUGCUUGCCCGCAACACCUCGGCCGCCUCCACUGCACGGCUCCUGGAGGCCACGGAGGAGCUGCGGCGUCAGAUCGGGGAGGCCACCGAGCACCUGACCCAGCUGGAGACACAGCUGACAGAUGUGCAGGAUGAGAACUUCAAUGCCAACCACGCACUAAGCAGUCUGGAGCGAGACAGUCUGGCACUUAAUCUCACGCUGCGGCAGCUCGACCAGCACCUGGACCUGCUGAAGCACUCCAACUUCCUGGGUGCCUAUGACAGCAUCCGCCGUGCCCACAGCCUGUCCGCAGAGGCAGGGCGCCGUGCCAACGCAUCGGCCCUGGCCGUGCCGAGCCCCGUGAGCCACUCCGCCGGCACCCGGCACCGAACGGAGGUGCUGAUGGGUGCCCAGAGGGAGGACUUCAACCGCAAGCACAUGGCCAACCAGCAGGCACUGGGGGAGCUCUCUGCCCGCGCCCACGGCCUGAGCCUGACGGGCAUAAAUGAACUGGUGUGCGGGGCUCCCGGCGAUGCUCCCUGUGCUACGAGCCCCUGCGGGGGUGCCGGGUGUCGGGACGAGGACGGGCAGCCCCGCUGUGGGGGCCUCAGCUGCAACGGGGCGGUGGCCAUGGCGGAUCUGGCGCUGGGUCGGGCCCGGCACACACAGACAGAGCUGCAGCGGGCCCUGGCAGAAGGUGGUGGCAUCCUCAGCCAGGUGGCAGAGACCCGUCGGCAGGCAGGCGAGGCCCAGCAGCGGGCCCAGGCGGCCCUGGACAAGGCCAACGCCUCCAGGGGCCAGGUGGAGCAGGCCAACCAGGAGCUGCGUGAGCUCAUCCAGAGUGUGAAGGACUUCCUGAGCCAGGAGGGGGCCGACCCUGACAGCAUCGAGAUGGUGGCCACCCGGGUGCUGGAGCUCUCCAUCCCAGCGUCACCUGAGCAGAUCCAGCACCUGGCUGCUGAGAUCGCUGAGCGGGUCCGGAGCCUGGCCGACGUGGACACGAUCCUGGAGCGCACUGUGGGAGAUGUGCAUCGGGCAGAACGGCUGCUGCAGGAGGCGCAGCGGGCACGGAGCCGGGCUGAAGGUGAGAAGCAGAAGGCAGAGACAGUGCAGGCGGCACUGGAGGAGGCCCAGCGGGCGCAGGGGGCCGCUCAGGGGGCGAUCCAGGGGGCAGUGGUUGAUACGCAAGACACGGAACAGACCCUGCACCAGGUGCAGGAGAGGAUGGCGGGAGCAGAGCAGGCGCUGAGCUCUGCAGGGCAACGGGCUCAGCAACUGAACGGCCUCCUGGAGGCUCUGAAAUUGAAACGAGCAGGGAACAGCCUGGCGGCCUCCAGGGCCGAAGAAACAGCAAGCAAUGCCCAGGGUCGUGCCAGGGAGGCUGAGCAGCUGCUGCAGGGCCCACUGGGUGACCAAUACCAGACAGUGAAGGCCCUGGUGGAGCGCAAGGCCCAGGGCGUGCUGGCUGCGCAGAUGCGCGCAGAGCAGCUGCGGGAUGAGGCUCGCGGCUUGUUGCAAGCGGCUCAGGACAAGCUGCAGCGGCUGCAGGAGCUGGAGGGCACCUACGAGGAGAACGAGCGCGCGCUGGAGGGCAAGGCGGCGCAGCUGGACGGGCUGGAGGCCAGGAUGCGCAGCGUGCUCCGCGACAUCAACCUGCAGGUCCAGAUCUACAACACCUGCCAGUGACCGGCCCGCCGGCCAGCCCCCCAAUAAACCGUGUGAACCCCC